GAGCAAGUAAUUGAACACCAUCAUUGUUCUUUUAGGGUUUGAAGUGCAAAUUGGUAAAACGUCAGGGGGGUCUCUAAAAUUCGAACUUGUUAAAAAGAGAGAGGACUCCGAAAAAUCCCCAAAUUGAAGGCAAGCAGACACGUCUUUCUCGGUCGUUGCAAAACACCCUAAAAUUUCUGAAUCGGAGCCCUAAAUUUUCUCGAUCGUUUUUGUUCAUCACUCUCCUUCGCCUGAAAUCAUGGCCAAUGCAGCAUCAGGGAUGGCUGUGCAUGAUGACUGCAAGCUAAAGUUUAUGGACUUGAAGGCAAAAAGGACCUUCCGUUUCAUCAUUUAUAAGAUCGAGGAGAAACAAAAGCAGGUGAUGGUUGAAAAGCUUGGAGAACCAGCAGAAACUUAUGAUGAUUUUGCAGCAUGUCUCCCUGCUGAUGAAUGCCGAUAUGCUGUCUUUGAUUUUGAUUUCAUGACUGCAGAAAAUGUCCCAAAAAGCAGGAUCUUCUUCAUCGCAUGGUCACCGGAUACUGCAAGAGUGAGGAGCAAGAUGAUUUAUGCAAGCUCAAAGGACAGUAUCAGUAUCAGUACGAACGAGUACCAGUUGUUACUUUCCUCAAAAGUCUUGCUUUCCGUCAAGAACCAGUGUGAUUUCAGGUGUGCAUAUAGUGGAUACAAAUGA